CGGCAAGGCCUUCGCGCAGGCCGCGGCGCUGGUGAAGCACCAGCGCGUGCACACCGGGGAGAAGCCCUACCCCUGCCCCAUGUGCGGCAAGACCUUCGCUCUGUCCUCGGGCCUCGUGCUGCACAAGCGCAUCCACACGGGCGAGCGCCCGCAUGCCUGCCCGCUCUGUGGCAAGACCUUCAUCUCCUCCUCACACCUGGCCCUGCACCUACGCUCGCACACGGGCGAGCGCAAGUACAAGUGCGGCGUGUGCGGGAAGCUCUUCCUGCAGUCCUCGCACCUGGUGCGGCACAAGGCCAUCCACACCGGGGAGAAGCCCUUCAAGUGCGAGGACUGCGGCAAACACUUCGGCCGGGCCUCACACCUCAAGACCCACAAGCGCGUACACACGGGCGAGCGGCCGUUCAAGUGCACGCAGUGCGAGAAGGCCUUCACGCAGAAGGCAGGGCUCAUCCUGCACGUCCGCCUGCACACCGGGGAGCGGCCCUACCACUGCGACAAGUGUGGCAAGAACUUCCGCUCCUCCGCGCACCUUGUGUCGCACCAGCUGCUCGAGUCGGGGGAGAGGAAUUUUAAGUGCACCACCUGCGGGAAGGCCUUCAAGCAGGCGUCUUCCCUCAAGCAACACCUGAAAACACACGAAGCGCGUGAGCCUCACCGCUGCUCUGUCUGCGGCCGGGCUUUCUCCAGGUCCUCCUAUCUCCAGCUGCACAUGAGAACCCACAGCGGGGAACGGCCCUACCACUGCUUGGUUUGCAACCGAACUUAUGCCAAAAUGUCCACCUUUGAGAAACACUGUAAAAAGCACCAGCAGGAGGAAGAAAGGCCUGGUAUGAGGCCCCGAGCCAUGACUACCAGGGCCAAAGCACUGGCUGAAAAGAAGAGGCAGAAACAGAAACAGCAGCACCAAGAGGAUAGCCCCGAGCAACCUCGUCAGCCUGAUGCCCAGCAGCAACGGGAGGAAGAGCAGUAAUGGUCACCAAAACGGAAACUGCUCGC